AUGCCUUCUCAACUACUUAUCAUUCCACCAAAAUCACCACAAUUUCAUAGACCAUUAGGAGUAUCAUUGAGUGUUAAUACAUACUCAGAACCACGUACUCCUAUUUAUGAACAAACAGAAUUUCCAAGUGAUACUAAACUUUCAAUUCCUCCUAUGCGUAUUAAACCGCCAAAACUUGUAUUCGAUAGUUUUUCUGAUGCUGAUGAUGAAGAUCAAGAUUCUGGUCGUCGUCCAACAUUUAUUCAACGUCGACGUCAAAAAUAUAAAGAACCACUUGUUUCUAUCAGAGAAGAUAGCAAACAACAACAACAAAAACAACAACCAAGUGUUGCUGCUAUUGUUUCAGCUCCAAUUGUUGAAUUAACAAAUGGAUUAAUAGCAUUAAAUACAGCUGAUUAUAUGUUAUCUUUAAGACGAGAAGAAAGUACAAAUUCAAAUGAUACUCAGGGACAAACAUUACUUCAUUUAGCUGCUAAACUUGGUCAUGAAGAAAUCAUGCGUAUGUUAAUUAGUGAAACAUCACAUGCUAAUACAUUAUUAAAUAUACGAGGACAAACACCAUUACUCUGUGCUAUUGAAUCUGGAUCAACAUCAACAGCAACAUUAUUAAUGGAACAAGAUCAUUUAUCAUUAACAUGUAAAGAUAAUAUGGGUUCAAGUGUAUUUCAUUAUGCAACUGAACAAUGUAAUGAUAUUGUUUUAAGUCGAGCUAUUGCAUUACUUAAAAGACUUAGUUCAAGUGCAUCUCGAAUUACUGCAUUACAACGACUUAUAGAAAAGAAUGCCAAUGGUAAAACACCAUUUGUAAUUGCAAUUGAAAAAGGUUCAUUAAAAUGUGUUAAAUAUAUUUUAAGUAGCAAAUGGUUACAUCGCAGUGUUGGUAUAGAAGAUUUUAUAAAUGCUGAUUCAAUAAAAACAGCUAUUGAUAAAGAUCAAGUCGAUAUUGCAUCAUAUUUUGUAUCAGAUACUGAACGUUUUGCAGCUAUUAUACAAAUACGAAUUAAUGCGAAUGAUCGAAUUUAUAAUGUAUUAGAAUAUUCAAUUGCAUUAAAAAAACCUGAUUUUGUACGAAUAUUUAUUAGUGUAAGAAUUCCUGGUGAAGAACGUGAACUUUAUAGAUCAUAUAAACGUUUUUUAAAACAUUAUAAUGUUGCAUAUUCAGGUUCAAGUUAUGAUCAAACACCUAUACAACGAAUGUUAACUAUGGUAAGACAAGAAAUAGGUUUUUUAGGAAAGUGAAAAUUUAGUUUAUGUCAGUUCUGACAGGAAACUUAUGAGUUUAUCUUCUACAAGAAAAUAUCGAGUCAAUCAAUUAACUCUCGAGCGCUGUCCUCAUUUUUUCGCACGAAAGACGUCAUGUAGGGCCAAUUGGAUCCACAUACAGUUACGCUAGAGUAAUCUUGAGGGUCGGUGUGGGAUAUAGAAAAGUCACCGAUACUCACAUCCCACACCCAAACCCUCUUCUUUUUACAGUUGGAUUAUUAGUCAUUCUUUUUCAGAAAAAAACUGAAGAUAAUUGCCAUGAUACAAAAUAAUUAUAAAACUAAUUCUAUGUAAGGAGAUAAACCGUCGAGAUAACAGAGGACAGAUUGAACAAGAAAAAAGAUCACAUAUAUAACACUAAAUAUGUCACCGGGUCCGUGUGGACCUACCCCUUAAUUUUUACUCUGUAAGAGGCAUCGGAGAAAUUUCAUAUGGUCUUCGUGCACUAUUAGAAGAAUAACGAUUAAAGAAGAGAUCGAUUCGAAAACAAUAAGUAUUAACGUAGCCAAAGACAAAAAUCAGCGUUGUGGACCCCAAACAGCGCACGAGGGUUAAUAAAUCAUCUCUUAAUUGAGAAAUUGUUUUUCUUUAACAGCCAGAAAUGAUUCCAUUAGUUCCUUUAUUAU